GCACACUGUCACUAAUGCUUCUCUCUCUGUCUCUCCCCUCUUUUUUUCUAUAUAUUGACAAGCUUGUGAUCUCUCUUCGCAAAGAGAAAUAAUGGCUCCACUCAAGUACUUGUGUUUUAGAAAGGUACUCUUGUUGCUCCUCCUCUUUUCUUGCUCUUCUUUCUUUGCUACUUUUGCCUCAUCAGAAACUUCUGUUGAUGAUGAGCUACAACAAACACAAUCCUUAGAUCUACAUUUUCGAGUGAGAAGACUGUUGGUAAAAGAUCUAGAAAUUAGCGAUGAUGUUGAGGAAACCAAUCCUCCUCCUCGCAAGAAGAAGAAGCUUACAGAUUCUGUUACAUCACCAUCAUCAACAUCCGGUACAAAAAAGAACCAAACCAAGGUCAUUAAACCGAUCUCUUCAUCGGCCAAGAACCAGACUAAACUCGCCAAGACUACCUCUUCCAAACUCAACUCAACCAAAUCAUCUUCCAACACGACCAAGGCCGGAUCAGACCUCAAGAAGCUCAAACCCUCAAAUUCUACUUCCUCGACCAAGAAACCAGCAGAUCUGUCCAAAUCAACCUCAUCAAAAAACAAAACCACCACAAAACCUCAAAGCUCCAAACUCUCUCCUCCUCCAGAGAAAAAGAAAGCACAACCAACCUCAAAACCAGCGACCAAGCCCAAACCAGCAGAGAAAGCAAUCAAACCCUUCUGGCUAGACGACGAGGAAGACGAAGACUUCGUCAGCGAGUUCAGAGACCUCCCAACCAGAUUUCAAAGAUCACUAAUCCCAGACCUAGAGAGAAUCUCAACCACAUCGAAAAGCUACAUCAACAAAGCCAACAAAGAGAUCACCAAGAACUUCAAACCCUACUUCGGCAACAAGUACUCACCGACCAUCGCCUCCGUCGUCUCCUUCGUCUUCAUCCUCGUCCCUCUCCUCCUAGUCUCCCUCGUCUUCAACCGUUUCAAAGCCUACUUCUCCCUCCAGAAACUCCUCAUCUUCAUCCAAAUCUACCUCUCCAUCUACUUCUCCAUCCUCUGCCUCUCCUCGCUCGCCACCGGCGUCGAGCCUCUCAAGUUCCUCUACGCCACCUCCAGCUCGACCUACGUUUGCUUGCAGAUCAUGCAGACCUUGGGCUACGUCUUCUACCUCUUGCUUCUCCUCAUGUACCUCGUCCUCGUCUUCUCGACUGAUUGUGGUUUGGGCCUUAGAGUUUUGGGCCUGGCUCAGACGUUCGUGGGCUUUGCGGUGGGUCUGCAUUAUUACGUGGCGGUGUUUCAUAGGGUGGUGCUUCGUCAGCCUCCGAAGACGAACUGGAAGGUGCACGGUGUCUACGCCACGUGUUUUCUUCUGAUUUGUUUGUUGUCUAGUGCGGAGAGGAGGAAGAAAGAGUACUUGGAAGAUGGCGGUGAGGAAGGCAAGAAAAAUUGAAAUUUUGCAUUUUAUAUUUCUUUUUUUUUUUUUUUUUUUCUCUUUGUUCUUAUAUUACAUUUCGAUAAUAUCGGCAAAAUUUCGCUGAAAAUGCAAUAGAAGAACA